GUUGCUACACGCCACUGUUUAAUCCCAUUCUACGACGAAGUGACAUGAACGACUCUCCAAUACACACUUUAAAUAUUCCAUAGAGCCGUGUGUCAUUGCAAAUUAACCAGAAUGUCAAAAAUUGUCGCCGUUUUUGGCGCCAAUUGCGCCCUUGGUGCAGCAGUUGCUAAGAGUUUAGCAAAAGACAGUAACUUCAUGGUCAAAGCCGUGGACCCGGAUGGUUCCGGUCAAUAUUCCUCUGAAAUUCGUGCCAGUGGUGCUCAGGUGGUUCAGUGCAAUUUGGAGGACGUUGGAAGCAUCAGCCAGGCACUCUCUGGCUGUGACUGUGCUUUUGUAACGACUGUUUCCAAUUUCAAUAACCCUGAUUUCAUGGACGACGAAAUUCGACAAGGAAUGAACAUUGCUGAUGCAUGUGCAAAGAGUAAGGUAUCGCAUGUUGUGUUCAACACAGGUCUUCACACCAUUAAAAUUAUUGGCAUUGGAGCCCGCCAUCUGGUGGCCAAGGCCGAAGUAGAGGCGUAUAUGAAAGGAAAGGGAGUUCCAUUAACUUCAUUAUUGGUGCCUACUCUCUAUGAUGAUCUCCUCGACAUUCUCAGACCGCUACCAGCUGGACAGAAUAACAGAUGGCUGGCCAUUCCGAUGGGAAUUACACCAUUGGACAUGAUCAGCGUUGAUGACGUAGGGGACAUUGUACGCGUCAUCUUGAAUAACAGGACCGGGCACCUGCAUAAAACACAUAGCGUGUGUGGCGACAAGCAAACCAUUAAAGAGAUGGCACAAAUCUUGUCUCGUCAUCUAUCUCCUCUGUAUUUCCAAGACAGACAGGUGACCAUACAUGAGUACCAGCAGCUGAAUGCCCAGUUCCCUUGGUCUCAGGACUACGCUAAUAUGUUUGACUUUUACCUUCGUGUCGACCAAAGGUUUAACGUGGACGCUACACAACGAUUAGGUUCCUCAUUACGUAUCAAGUGUUUCGAGGAAUGGGUUCAAGCUAACUCUGGAAAACUUAAGAAAGCAUUUUCUUGAAAACAUGUAUACAUGUAUUUGACACUGUCCUCAUAAUUUAUUGUCUUAAUGUAUAAUGGUUUGUUCACGCAGUCAUAAGAACUUUUACCAGUAGUGUGAUAGUCACAUUUUAUUGGACGCAAAACCUGUUUACACAAAAUGAGAGCCUUUCGUUCACUGCUUUUGUUUUAUAUUUAUAUAUGGUACUAGUAUUUAUUUGAAUGUUUAUUGUUUUGUAUAAAUGAAAAAACCACAUCUUUGGUUGUAAAAAUCGCAACUGUGAUAUGUAAUUAAAAUUAAACAAAAACAACAAAACAAAACACCCCAUGCAAUUAAAAUAUUUUUUGCGGUUGGUGGGCUGCAUUUCAUUUCCGGAAUUUUUAAAAAUACUUUUUUAAAGUUGCAUUUCCAACAUAUAAUUUUAUAGUUUUCAAUUCCGACAUAUUAAAGUUUUCAUUCUACGACAUACUAGUAGUCAUUUUUCAGGUAAUACUUUUCGUCAAUGAAAGCAAGAUUGAAGACUUCACUUAAAAACGUUCUUAAGAAUACAUCAUUGAAAUCCAAAUUAUGGGUUUUGCUUAGCUAUCUUUUCUUUCCAUUAAGCACUUGAAUGUGUUGUGAACUUUCUCUGAUCUCCGUUUCAUAUGUUCUGUUUAAAUUUGGAAUCAAAUUGUUAGAUACAUUUUGAAAAUGUGCAUGGUUUUAAAUAAAUUCCAUUUCCUGAUCAAUCAACCUUAAAUUUUCAGAAAUUUAUCGCGCAAAACUCCGAAAAUGAAAGAAAAAAACGUUGGAAUUGAAAAAAAAACAAUGUCGGAUAUGAAAUACGGUAGUACAAUUCUUUGUUAUCCUUAGACUUUCAGGACGGUGUGGCUCGACAUUACAUAA